AUGCCCGGCAGACCUCCACCUAACAGACCGCCGCCUCCUGGCAAGCCGCCACCUAGUAAACUUGAGGGCUUUGGCAAACCUCCAGCUCCUGCUAGUCCGCCUCCUAACAGACCGCCGCCGCCUGUCAGACCGCCGGCCGAUAACCCUCCGCCUCCUGGCAAGCCGCCACCUAACAAGCUUGAGGGCUUUGGUAAACCCCCAGCUCCUGAUAGUCCGCCUCCCAACAGACCGCUGCCGCCUGUCAGACCGCCGGCCGAUAACCCUCCACCUCCUGGCAAGCCGCCGCCUAAUAAACUUGAGGGCUUCGGCAAACCUCCAGCUCCUGCUAGUCCGCCUCCUGGCAAGCCGCCACCUAACAAGCUUGAGGGCUUUGGCAAACCUCCAGCUCCUGCUAGUCCGCCUCCUAACAGACCGCCGCCGCCUGUCAGACCGCCGGCCGAUAACCCUCCACCUCCUGGCAAGCCGCCACCUAAUAAACUUGAGGGCUUUGGCAGACCUCCAGCUCCUGAUAGCCCGCCUCCCAACAGACCGCCGCCGCCUGUGAGACCUCCAGGGCUUGGUAGACCACCACCCAAUAAACCGCCACCUCCUGUCGAACCUCCGGCACCUGAGAGAGCUCCAGCUCCUGGCAAACCGCCACCUAGUAAACCUCCGCCACCUGCCAGACCUCCGGGUAGACCACCGGCUAGUAAGCCUCCUCCUCCUGGCAGACCGCCGCCUAGCAGACUUGCGGGAUCUGGCAGACCGCCACCCAAUAAGCUUGCGGGAUCUGGCAGUCCGUCUCCCAAUAAGCUUGCAGGGUCUGGCAGUCCGCCUCCUAGUAAGCUUGCAGGGUCUGGUAAAGCUCCCGCACCUGGUAGACCGCCGCCUAAUAAGCCUCCACCCCCUGACAGACCGCCGCCUAGUAGACUUGCGGGGUCCGGCAAACCGCCUCCUAGUAAGCUUGCAGGGUCUGGUAAGCCUCCGCCCAAUAAACCUCCACCUGGUGGCAGACCACCGCCUAGUAAUCCCCCACCUCCUGUCAGACCUCCUCCGCCUGGGGAACCGCCGCUUCCUGACAAUCCUCCGCCACCGGAUGAACCACCGGUAUCUGGUAAGCCUCCGCCAGGUGAUGAACCUCCCGCAUCUGCCAGGCCUCCGCCGCCUGAUAGACCCCCGCCGCCUGAUAGACCCCCGCCACCCGAUGAGCCUCCUCCGCCUGAUGAGCCUCCGCCACCCAGCGAACCUCCUCCGCCACCCAACGAGCCUCCUCCGCCUGAUGAGCCUCCGCCACCUAACGAAUCGCCACCACCUGAUGCACCUCCGCCACCCAACGAGCCUCCUCCGCCUGAUGCGCCUCCUCCGCCUGAUGCACCUCCGCCACCCGAUGCACCUCCGCCGCCUGAUGAGCCUCCGCCACCUGGUGAGCCUCCGGCGCUCGAGGGGCCUCCGGCGGGAGACCUCCAGCCUUUGGUGGACCUCCCGACCUUGGAGGACCUCCGAGGCCUGGUAAUCCUCCCGCUCUUGGUGGGCCUCCGAGGCGUGGUGAACCUCCAGCCCCUCCUAAACCUCCGCCCUUUGGAGAACCUCCGGCCCCUCCUAGACCUCCGGCCCCUCCUAGACCUCCGGCCCCUCCUAAACCUCCGCCCUUUGGAAAACCUCCGGCCCCUCCUAAACCUCCAGCCCCUCCUAAACCUCCGGCCCCUCCUAAGCCUCCGCCCUUUGGAAAACCUCCUGGACCGCCGGAGCCUGGCAAGCCUCCGCCCUUUGCCAGAGGUCCGGCUCCCAACAAGGGUCCCAUACCCGUGA